AUGAAGGCACGUGACUUGCAGAGAGCUUGGCUGAAAAUGGAAAUAUCAGAGAGAAAUGGUGGGAACAAGAGAAAGGAAGAAGAAAGACAGAAAAUGGAAAAAGACAUAAUGAAGAGAAAUAUUGAUGUUUUUGAAGAAAAAGAAAAACAUGAAAGGACUCCCAAACCGCCGAUCAAGAAGAGUAGACAUAUUAGUCCCAAGGUCCCUGAAGUUAAUGAUGAAACUAGCCAAGAAAGCUCCUCUCAUUCAAUCCCUUCUGCGACGACUCCUAUUCCAACUGAAGACAAAUCUACAUCUUGUGCACCAAAUCGAGUGUCUCAAGACAUAAUUGACAAACUUGAUGUGCUAACAAAUGUUGUGAAUGAGAUUAAAAAGGAUGUGAAUGAGAUUAAAAGUGAAAUCAAGCUCAUGAAGGAGAAUCAACAACUUCUAAUCACAUUAUUGGGGCAAAGAAAUGAACAAAAGAAUGGUGGAGGAGAAGAAAAAGAAGAGGCAGGUACUGCUGCAAUUGAUACUGAGAAGAGGACGACAAAGAGGAAGAAUAAUGAUCUUGCACAUGUUGAGAAUAGGACGAAGAGGAAGAAUGAUGAUGUUGAUAAUGAGAAUAGGACGAAGAGGAAGAAUGAUGAGUUGAUGAACUCUAAGAGGAAGAAUGACGAGAAGAUGAAGAAGACUAAGGAGGAUGAUGAUGAGAUUACAAGAAAGAUGAAUGAAAGAAAGGAGAGGCGAGAGAGGCUGGCGAUUUUGUCCAAGAAGAGGAUUGCUGAUGAGUUGAACGAUGAGGAGGAUGACGAGUACGAGGACGAGGAGACUGAGGAGGAUGACGAGGAGAUUGGGGAGGAGGACGAGGAGACUGGGGAGGAGGACGAGGAGACUGGGGAGGAGGACGAGGAGACUGAGGAGAAUGACGAGAAGACUGAGGAGAAUGACAAGAUAUGGUAUAGAACAAUGAUGAUUCGCGCCCCACGCCAAAAGUCUCGCAAAUUAAGUUUUGAUGGCCCAGAGGAGAAGAAUGAUGAUGUGCAUGAGGAGAAGAAUGAUGAUGUGCAUGACAAUAAAGAGAAGAAUGAUGAUGUGCAUGACAAUAAUGAGGAGGAGGUGAUUGUGGAGACUGAGGAGAAGAAGAAGGAGAAGAAUAAGGGGAAGGAGAAGGAGGUGAAUGAUGUGAAACAAUUGACUCCAUCACAAUUUGUUGGUAAAAAUUUUCGGAGAAAGAAGAAGUCGAAACAAUUGGGGGACUACACCAACCUUGGUGGGAAAGAGUUUAAACUAAAUGAUCCGGUUAAGGUUAAUCCUUUGUUACGAAUUGACGAGGAAAAGAUGAAGGAGUUGAAGAAAUGGUUAAAGAGUGAUGGAGAGGAUUUCAAGGAGUCGACGGUUUGCUCUGCAGAUCGUUCUUUUUUCAACAGAUUGCUCAAGCCUCAAGAAUGGUUACAUGAUACGGAGAUAGAUGAAAUCUGUCAUCUAAUAAAACGAAGGGUUGCAGAGUUCCCUAAGACAUAUCCAAGAAAUUUCUCAAUUGCUGACUCUAAAUUCUCUCAGAAGAUGAACAAUCGCUAUGAUAUGUUUACCCCGAAUCCUGCAGGCUACAAAUUCGACGAUCUCAUGGAAUACGUAUUUGGUGAAGGAAGUAAUCCUUGGAAUAUUGUUGAUAUGAUAUAUGUACCCUUGAAACUAAAGUAG